AUGGAAACGGAGGUCGGCUCCCCGGCUACCGCCACUGCGGCGCCCAUCAACUUCUCGCUGCCGGUGGACGUGGACUCUGAGCAUAAGGCCAAGUCCAUCAAGAUCUUCUCCUUCGGCAACCCACACAUGCGCGCCUUCCACCUCGGAUGGAUGUCCUUCUUCACCUGCGUCGUCUCCACCUUUGCCGCUGCGCCGCUCAUCCCCAUCAUCCGCGACAACCUCAACCUCACCAAGGCCGACAUCGGCAACGCCGGGGUCGCAUCCGUCUCCGGCGCUAUCUUCUCUAGGCUGGCCAUGGGCGCCAUAUGCGACCUCCUUGGCCCGCGGUACGGCUGCGCCUUCUUGGUCAUGCUCUCCGCGCCAGCAGUGUUUUGUAUGUCCGUCAUUGAUGGUCCUGGUGGAUAUAUCACUAUUCGCUUCCUCAUCGGUGUCUCCCUCGCCACCUUUGUGUCAUGUCAGUAUUGGAUCAGCACCAUGUUCAAUAGCAAGAUCAUCGGCACGGUCGGCGGCUUGACGGCGGGUUGGGGUGACAUGGGUGGCGGUGCCACACAACUCAUCAUGCCUCUCGUGUUCGACGGCAUCUUGGCAUGUGGUGCGACGUCCUUCACAGCGUGGCGCAUCGCCUACUUCGUGCCAGGAAUGAUGUUGGUGGUGAUGGGCUUGCUUGUGCUCACCAUGGGGCAAGACCUUCCUGACGGCAACCUAAGGAACCUUCAGAAAAAUGGUGACAUGAACAAAGACAAGUUCACCAAGGUUCUCCGGGGCGCUGUCACCAACUAUCGUACAUGGAUCUUUGUCUUCAUCUAUGGCUACUGCAUGGGCAUCGAGCUUACCACCAACAACGUCAUCGCCGAGUACUACUACGACAGUUUCCACCUCGACCUCCGCGCUGCCGGUACCAUCACAGCUAGCUUCGGCUUGGCAAAUAUCUUCGCACGACCAAUGGGAGGUUACCUCUCCGACCUUGGCGCUCGCUACUUCGGCAUGCGUGCCCGUCUUUGGAACAUUUGGAUCCUCCAGACAGCCGGUGGAGUCUUCUGCAUCUGUCUUGGUCGUGCAUCCAGUCUCCCCACCUCCGUCACAUGCAUGGUCCUCUACUCCAUUUGCGUCGAGGCUGCAUGCGGCGCAGUCUAUGGUGUCAUCCCCUUCGUCUCCAGGCGCUCCCUUGGGCUCAUCUCUGGCAUGAGCGGUGCUGGUGGUAAUGUCGGUGGCGGCCUCACACAAUUCCUCUUCUUCACAUCAUCCCAGUACACCACAGGCAAAGGACUCCAGUAUAUGGGCAUCAUGAUCAUGGUGUGCACGCUUCCUGUCGCGCUCGUUCACUUCCCACAGUGGGGCUCAAUGCUCCUCCCUCCUAGCGCCGAUGCCACCGAGGAGGAGUACUAUGGUGCCGAAUGGACCGAGGAAGAGAAGAGCAAGGGCCUCCACAUCGCCGGCCAAAAGUUCGCCGAGAAUAGCAUCUCUGAGCGUGGCAAACGCAAUGCCAUCCUCGCCGUACCUUCCAGCCCACCAAACAACACGCCCCAGCACGUAUAA